AUGUCCUCCUGGAUGAACACACAUUCAACGGAUGUUUCCGUGCGUCGUUACCAGACGUUCGAGAUACAGAUGCCUAAAGCAUGUCGAGACAGCGGCGGGGUUGCAAGCCUACGGAUUGUUAUCCCAUUGAUGCCGUACUUUGCCUCGGACCUAUUCGGAGGCAGCAAGUGGAUGGCGAACUACCACCCACCACCGAGACCGUUCAAGCUGCUUUCGACGCGUUGUUUUAAGCCUAAGGCUCAAAGCGUUACCGUGACGUCGGACGCAGAGAUUCUAUACGGUAUAGAAAUCUCUGCGUCCCUUUGUCCGCUUGUCCUAUGUUUGCUGGAGCGACCAUCGGAGAGGUUGAAGCAGGCUCAAACCGUCGGAUCCCGGCAAGGGUCCAUGAGGGCGAAAGGGUUCUCUGGAGAAGGUCCCGGUGGAUCGUGCACGCGCAGUGAACAACGUACUGUACUGAUUGUUUGGUAUGUGCUCAUCGACACCAAGUUCAAGACUAAUACAGAGGCUAUUGCGAGAUACUUGGUUGAGGUGUCGUGCUGGGCUGUUGCCUUGAGGCGUCUUGCACCAACUGAAUCCGUCGUUCAGCAAGUCAGUGGUCUGGAGCGCAAUACAAGCUUUAGGAGUCACUUACAACGUCAUGAAUUACUGAAAGAGAAAGUCAGCUGGAUAACAUGUAGCAGAGUGCCCCGUUAUAGAAAUAUAGCGAACUGGAAGAAGUCGAACAUCCGCGGGGUGGCCGGAUAG